UUACAACAAGCCUCGUCUUCGUGUUGAUAAGCGCAACAAGCAAUGCAGCAGGAGCUGGCGCAACACCACUGUCCGAAGGAGGUGGACUUAGCCUUUUAUCGCCGCGCAAUUCAUCAAACUCAGCGAGGUCGUCGUCCACUCGCCGUGGAGAUGAAUUUCAUCAUUCGCAGGUGGAACCGCUACUAGCCGCUGACCCUUGCCCUUCAUCAUCUGUUGUGCAAGGGCAAGUAGAGUCGCCCCCGACUGGUAGUACGAGUACCAGAACGAUUCGUCGUUCAGCAGGAAGCGGAGGCGCAGCAGAUUCAGCAUCGUCCGAGCAGGAAC